AGAGCCGGCUCAGUCGUCUGAUAAACGCGGAGCACCUAGGUAGGUAGGUGCGUGUCUGCACAUUUGCACAUCCAUCGACGUUGCUGAAUCGUACUGGUGAACAAUGCGCGCGUGGACCCCGUGAAACGGAACACGACCUGUUCAAUAGACGUGCUAGGAAGUGUUGCGAAACCAGUGUCCUCCUACUACCGUGUUUCUCACUUUCUGGCGGAAUUCUAUUCACUGUUGCGUCGUCCAGCAGAAGAUCAGCGUCCAACUUUGCCAGGGAACUUGGUACCCACAAGAUUCUCGGUAUCAAGGGAACAGAACCAUAGUAAGAGGAUGAGUCUUCGGUGGAUUCACGAAAAUUUAGAGGCGCCAACAUGCGACGAAGAAUGCAGCGACAUCGAUGACAGUUGCAGCGACGACAGCUAUGAUUCUGAUCUGUCGAUCGUUGAGGAGAAAGGAACGGCGAACGAGAAGGAGAUUAAUGGAGAUCGCAGAGGAAAAAGAGAAACCAGAAGACACCCGACCACCACAGUGAAAUUCGAUGAGAAUGGAACUCCACGUUAUAUCACGAGCAAGAUAAUUAAACAACCACCUUGCGUAAUAUGGGACCCGAGAAAACCAGCGGAAAAUCCUGUAUACAACUGCCUGGUAAUCAAAUUAUUUUGUCGAACUGGCUAUCAUCUUGCUAUCACAGAUUCGGGACGCGUUCGGGGUUUGAGUGGCACUAACGAAGCGCAUGCCCUACUUCACAUUAUACCGGUAUCGUUUGGGGUAAUUCGAGUACAGAGCAUCGAGACUAGUCUUUACCUGGCUUUCAAUAAGAAGGGUCGUUUGUACGGAGAGCCAAAUAUGAACAAGGAUAACACAGAAUGGGAGCAAUGGAACGUCGGUUCUUACGAUGCUUUCCGUUCGCGAAAAUACGCCAAUCAGGGACGGUGGAUAGGAAUAAAGAAGAACGGACGAGCAAAACAUGGAUCAAAGACUCGCUGGGGUCAAAAAGCGAUACAGUUUUUAGCAAUACGACAGGACUAAUUUCUACGAAUUCUGUGUUCAAUCGUAUACUGGAAAUGAAUCAUUCUACAUAUUAUGUUGUCGCGGCGACAAUGACAAUGUCGACGGUUAUUAUAUGUAUAGAAUAAU